AUGGCAGCCAAGACCCUCUCGCCAGCAUCUCGGCCCAUCCUUGCAUCGAGAUUCACUCGCAUACCCCACCCAACAACAAGCACACGAUUCCAACCCUCCGUACAGCUUCUCCCCCUCGACCGCCGGCUUAUCCGGCCUCUCUCUACCUACGGCUACAUGCAAUCCAAAGCGCUGGUCUACUCAACCCACGGCGAGCCACGUGAUAAACUCCAUCUACACACCUAUUCAAUCUCACCUCCCACCCGAACAUCCAUCACACUACGCAUGCUGGCUGCGCCCAUCAACCCCGCGGAUGUGAAUCAGAUCCAAGGCUCGUACCCGAGCAAACCACCUCUCGGUACCGCGCUUGGUACGAGUGUGCCUAGCGCCGUAGGGGGGAAUGAAGGGGUUGCUGAAGUGCUGGCUACAGGUGGGGAAUGUAAAACCGUGGGGAAGGGAGACUGGGUGAUCAUGAAACGUACUGGCAUGGGGACAUGGAGGACGCAUAUGCAAGUCGAUGAGGGGGAGGUCAUGAAGAUACCGAACAAAGAAGGGUUGAGCGCGUUGCAGGUUGGCACCGUGAGCGUCAACCCGGUAUCAGCGUACCGCAUGGUGAAGGAUUACGUCGACUGGAGUGCUUUCGGCCUACGUGAUAAGGAGGAAUGGCUGAUCCAAAACGGCGCGAACAGCGGUGUCGGUCGCGCAGCCAUCCAAUUCGCCAAACAAUGGGGCAUUAAGAGCCUGAACGUGAUCCGCGAACGCCCCGGCUGGAAAGCUCUAAAGUCCGAGCUCGAAGACCUCGGCGCCACAAAAGUAGUCACGGAAUCCACUUUAAUGGAAAGAAGCUUCAAAGACCAAGUCGCCGAAUGGACGAAAUCAGGCCGCGAACCCAUCAGACUCGGCCUGAACUGCGUCGGCGGUAAGAACGCCACUGCGCUGGCGAAACUGCUCAGUCCAGACGCUCAAAUGGUGACAUAUGGCGCCAUGUCGAAACAACCCACCCUGCUGCCUACCGGGCUGCUUAUCUUCAACAACAUCACCUUCAGCGGGUUCUGGGUGAGCAAGUGGAGUGACCGGCAUGCGAGGGAAAAGCAGCAGACGGUAGAGGACAUCUUAAACAUGAUGAGGGAAGGGAGCUUCAAGGAUGUUCCUGUGCAGGAGCUGCUGUGGGAUCGGGGGACGAAGGAAGAGCAGUUGAAGGAGGCGGUGCAGGGGACUCUGGAGGGGUACAGGAAGGGGAAAGGGGUUUUUCUUUUUGGAGAGACUUGA